AUGGAGCCCUUGCGAGACAGGGAACAUUUACUAACACUAAAAGUGAUGCGAUUGACAAAGCCAGCGUUACAGUUUCAUACGCCAAUAACAUGCGAAGAUCAUGAUCUACCAGGCUUUUGUCCUCCUUUACUUUAUGGUAUUAAUGAUCAGAAGGAUAUUUUUAGACAAUCUUUCAAUGCUUUGGGUGUCGUGGAUGGAUUAGAAGCCUUUUCAUUGGGAGAAAUGUUAACGCUACCACAAAGUUUUGGGAAUAUUUUUCUGGGUGAAACUUUUACAAGCUAUAUUAAUGUGCAAAAUGAUAGUACUGUUGCUGCCAAAGAUAUACAAAUUAAACUCCAUAUUCAAACGGAAGCUCAGCGCCAUCCUCUUCCACUAAAUUGUAUGGACGAAAAUGCAAGUUUGCUAUUACAGCCAUCGGAAAAUGUUAAUGAAAUUGUAUCUUAUGAUGUCAAAGAACUUGGUAUACACGUGUUAGGAUGUAGCGUUGGUUACACUAGUCCAUCUGGAGAGAAAUUACACUUUAAAAAAUUUUUCAAAUUUCAAGUAUUGAAACCGCUUGAAGUCAAAACAAAGUUCUUUGUUACUGAGGAUGAUGAAGUCUAUAUUGAAGCCCAAGUGGAAAAUAUUACUCCAAAUCCUAUGUAUUUAGAUAGCGUUAAAUUAGAUCCUUCCCCUUCGUACUAUCUCGAUGAUAUUAAUAAGUUAUUACCCGAAAGCGGCCCAAGUUCUAAUGGAAAGAUUUCAUAUCUACGUCCAAUGGAUGUCCGCCAAUACCUCUAUCGUUUAACUCCUGUAUCUCCAAUAAUUGAGAAAAGCGAUAAGAGUGCGUGCGAUGUUGGUAAAUUAGAUAUUCAGUGGUUAACAAGUUUUGGUGAAAAAGGAAGAUUACAGACCAGCCAGCUACAACGAAUGCCUAGGGAUCUAAAUGAUUUAAGAAUUAAUUGUAUUGAGAUAGCAGAUGCUGUUCCGGUGGAGAAGUUAUUUACUGUUAAACUGUCUGUUAUUAAUUUAACCAGUGAUCGUAUCAUGAACCUGAGGUUAAUGUUGGAUAAUACCAAGGUCCAGCCAUUAUUAUGGGUUGGCCGCUCUGGCCAGGUUGCGCUUGGCGAAUUAAAACCUGGUCAAAGUAUAGAAGUGUCUGUUAACAUUUUACCGGUAUACCCUGGAUUGCACGUCAUAUCAGGAUUGCAGCUUUUAGAUACAUUUAAAAGUAAAGUGUACACAUUUGAUAAAGUUGGGCAAAUUUUUGUGUAUACAACAGAAGAAACCCCUUUUUCUGAAUAA